CAAUGGUGCAGGUUGGGCGGUGGGUAUAAGUUUGCCGAUGCUUAUCACGUUAUGUUCUUGCUCCUGAACAUAUACACGAGCUACAACUCAUUGACAAGCAAAACCGUUUCCAGACGCUCAUAGUACCAGUUUAAGUGAACAGGAGGGGAUCUCUCCCGUUUAGCCUGGGCACGGUUCACUCUGCAUGGCAAUCUGCCAAGGGGAUUCCCGCCCGUCAUCCUGUGGCGCAGUCAAAAUUGCAGGUCCGCAGUUGGUAUAUGCCGCUGAAUCGUGAACAUCCACAUACUCCCUCGACAGUCUUGUCGUAUCACUAAGCCCUCAGACGAUGUCAUGACAGCACCAUCCACGUCCAUCAUGGUGAUCGGUUUGCUGUUUUUGUUGCUCGGGGUGCCGAUGCUGGACGGAUGUCGUAUUGUCCGCAUCUCCGACAAUCAUCCUCCAAGCCACGACACUCAAAUGACAACCUACACGCUGACGGACAUGACUUCAUCUGAAUAUCCGGUGUACCGCAGCGACACCAGCGACUGGUACCUGUACCACAUCCCUGACAAAUGGGUUAUUGGUAAGACUGUAGGUGCAACGGAGGGGUACAGCAUGUUCGUGAAGAGUGACCACUUCAAUGCUGACGAAAUUACUGGAACUUUCUUCAUCCGAUACCAUGGUGUUUGGAGAGCAUCGCCAAACGUUCGGGUAUCAUGUACAGUGGAGAACGUUGCCCUGGGUAAGCCUGCCUCGCAAAGCAGCACCGAUGGGUCCAACACAGCUGACCUGGCUGUGGACGGAGAGAAAGGGACGUCCGUGCCUGAUGGUCAAUGCACCUUGACCAACGCUGAGAUCGACCCGUGGUGGGAAGUUGCCCUCGAGAGAGACUGGCCCAUUUCAACCGUGCGAGUUCUCAAUCGCGGGGACUGUUGUGGGCGCCUCCUCGAGAAUUUUGAAGUUCGAAUAAAAGGAGAGUGGCAGUCGUGGGAAUCAAGUGAAAUCUGCGGGACCCCGUAUCGCCAAAAGCUGUCCAAUGGACAGAGCAUCACGGUGGACUGUGGGCGCCCCAUCGUCGGUAGACACGUUCGGAUCCAGCUGCCUGCGAGGUCGGAUACUGACGUGCUGUCGGUGUGUGAAGUGGAGGUUUAUCCAGGCUUGGGAUGCCCCGAUGGUUACAUCGUCCACGGCGGUUUCUGCUACAAGCCCCACAACACCCCGAUGACCCUCCAGAACGCACAGGCAACAUGCCAACAAGAUGGCGGUACGCUAGCCAUGCCACGUCAUCGUCACACCAACGAGUUCCCUCCAGUGAAUCUGGCGGAUGUCGGGUACCAACCAUUCGGCGGAGCUUUCCUGCCAGCUUUCCCGGUAAGGAUGAAGUUUGAAGAGGCUGAAGCCGCCUGUGAUCGGUUCGGCGGAGGACGUCUUGCUCAGCCCACAACAAAGGAGUUCAAUGACCGCUUGAUGAGCGUGGCAGGAGAGACAUCUCCUGACGAAAGCUUCUGGAUUGGUCUGAAGAUGUAUGAGGACUUCUGGCUAUGGUCUGACGGAACCCCGAGUGAAACGUCAUACAGCAACUGGGCACCAGGAGAACCCUCUGGGGAGGGCUGCGUCACGACGACGUCAGCUGGAGAAUGGAGCGUCAAGAGCUGCGACGAAACGGCGUUUUACAUUUGCCAGAUAGGUGAUGAGAGCUUAUGCGAGAUGGAACCUCACACUACAGUACGAUGUGGUGGAACGGUGAGCGGAAGUUCUGGUCACAUCUUAUCACCAGGAUAUGGAAAACACCUGAACAUCCCGGACGAACUUGACUGUGAGUGGAAAAUCCCAGUCCCAGCCGGCAUGGUCAUCAAGUUCACGGUUGUGGACUUCCAAGUGGAGGACGGCUCCCUGGAGAUAUUCGACUUCUGCCCUUACGGACGCAGCGUCAAAAUUCUGUCAGGAUCUAUCGAAUCGUCUUUGGACAUCACCAACAACGCCGAUGAAGCAUUCCUCAAAUUCAGCUCGAAUGGGCUACAGCCAACGCAUGGCUUUAACAUCAGUUACCAAGCCAUUCAACGUCCACCUGGUCUUCAGAUCAGCCAGGGAGAUACCGGUACCAGACAAAAGAGAGCUGUAUUGGCAGGAUUGGCCAUCAAAACUGGCCUCAAGAAAGUCGCCAGCUUUGUGAGCGACAUCCUCUUCAACAUAGCGGGGCUGGUUUUUGAUGCCGUUGGCAGCGCUAGCGUGGAGGGAGAACAGCAACAUCAACAUGUCAUGGAGAAGCUGAAUCUGCUGGAGAGAAAAAUCGAUGGUAUCCAUGAAGAAAUUCAGGAGCUCGGCAUCAUAGAAGAAUUGCGACAUGACAAGGAAAUAGCGGCUCAGCUGUACUCUGCCUCCGAGCAAAGGAUCAAGAACUUGCAAGACACGCUGCACAACCGACUUCAGAUAACAAUCAACGGAACACUAGAGCCCGUCAGUCUUGCUCAGGAGUGGGUGGAAACAGUGUUAAGACAGGACUCGGAAGGCAUGAACCAGGUAAAACCAUAG